CUGUGGAUUCGCCCCGGACUGUACCGUAGCCGAUCCGAUACGAUCCUUUCUUUCUCCGGUCUCCGACUGAGCUGCUAGGCACCAUGGCCGAGCAAGUAGAGCGAGCCUUCCAGAAGCAGCCGACGGUGUUCCUCAACCGCAAGGCUGGCCUGCCCAAGGGAAACCCCAAGCGCGUCACGCGAUACUACAAGAGCGUCGGCCUGGGAUUCAAGACCCCGCGCGAGGCAAUCCACGGCACUUACAUCGACAAGAAGUGCCCCUUCACAGGUAACGUGAGCAUCCGGGGUCGCAUCCUCCGCGGCGUGGUUGUCAAGAUGAAGAUGCAGCGCACCAUCGUCAUCCGGCGGGACUACCUGCACUACGUGCGCAAGUACAACCGUUUCGAGAAGAGGCACCGCAACAUGUCCGUGCACCUGUCGCCAGCCUUCCGGGACGUGGCCGUGGGCGACGUGGUGACGGUGGGCGAGUGCCGACCCCUGUCCAAGACUGUGCGCUUCAACGUGCUCAAGGUCACCAAGGCGGCCGGCUCCAAGAAGCAGUUCUUGAAGGCAUAAAAACAUCAUUAAAA